GCUCUCUUGCUAAGCUGACAAGUUGUUAUAACAGGUAGUAUGAAAAAAGGAAAACAAGAAAUAUAAUUUUGUGACAGAAUUUACGUACUGUAGAAUUUUGUAAAUAUAAAUUUUGUGUAAAAUUCAAAAUUUAAGAAAGAUGACGUAAAAAAAACCAUAGAAUUGAAUAACGAGCCAAUUCCAACUACACUACUACUAAUAAAAUUUAUUAAUGACUUUAACGUCAUCUCUAUGUCCUGAUAUAAUUAUUUAAUUAAAUUCAAAAUUAAAUAAAAAAAUAUUACUGUAAUAAUUUAAAAUUAAAAAAACUGAAAAAACAAAUGUAGUUGUCUUCUUCCCUGCCUUCACUUCCUCUGCUUUAAAAUAUACACUUCCCCACUCCCAUUUCACAGAAACAGAGGCAUUCAAUGUGCAAACCUUGCUAAUUUCUAGGUAUUCCUUCCUUCACCCACUUGUUUUUCUUUUUCUUUUUUAUUUCCUUUUGUUAAUUUUUAUUUUAAUUUCAAUUCUUUCUUACAAAAAUUUGUUUCUACUCUGUUUUUGGUUGGGUUUUUGAGGUUUUUGAGUUCAUACCAAGCAAGACACACAAAACACAGAAACAGAGGAAAGAAAAUUAGAAACCCAAAGAUUAAAUUUUUUUAAGCUAAACACAACCCAAUGAAGAAAAAGUUUGGAAUUUGAGGCAAAUGUUUUUAACUAUAAUGUUUAAUUCAAGCCAAAAACACCUCCAUUUUUCAUUCUCAUUUCAUUUUCUCUUUUGCCUGUUUCAUUUACAUCUUCUAUGUAUAUCUCCUUCCAUUGCCACCGCCGUGGCGGCUUCUAAUGAAGCCGCCGUAUUAUAUUCAUGGCUCCACGGUGGCGACCAACCGCUGCCAGUGGAGUUAUCUCAUUGGAAUAUUGUUGACCCCACUCCGUGCAAAUGGAGUUCAAUAAAAUGUUCAUCACAAAACUUUGUUACUGAAAUUAAUAUUCAGUCACUUCCUCUUCAACUUCCUUUUCCUUCUAAUCUUUCCUCUUUUAAAUCUUUGCAAAAACUUACUAUUUCUGGGUGUAAUUUAACUGGGUCUAUUCCAAAUGAGGUUGGAAAGAUUUCUUCUUUAAUCUCCAUUGAUGUUAGUUCAAAUUCAUUAUCUGGGUCAAUCCCAGAUUCUGUUGGAAUGCUUGAAAAUCUGCAAGAUUUAAUCUUGAACUCAAAUCAACUUACUGGGCCAAUCCCACCUCAACUUGGUAAUUGCUCGAGUUUGAAGAAUUUGUUGUUGUUUGAUAAUCAGAUUGGAGGUAUUUUACCCUCUGAAUUAGGGGAAAUUAGCAGUCUUGAGGUGAUGAGAAUUGGGGGUAAUAAAGACAUUGAAGGUAAAAUUCCUGAAAAUUUUGGUGAUUUGAGUAAUCUUACUGUUCUUGGUCUUGCUGAUACUGGAAUUUCUGGGUCAUUACCUUCUAAUUUGGGUAAGCUUUCAAAGCUUGAAACACUUUCUAUUUAUACAACUUCUAUUUCUGGUGUAAUUCCUGCUGAUUUGGGUAAUUGUUCUGAGCUUGUUAAUAUUUAUUUGUAUGAGAAUAGUUUAUCUGGGUCAGUCCCACCUGAAAUUGGGAAGUUGAAAAAGCUUGAGAAAUUGCUACUUUGGCAGAAUUCUCUUGUGGGUUCUAUCCCAAGUGAGAUUGGGAAUUGUACUAGUUUGAGGAGUAUUGAUGUUUCUUUGAACUCGAUUUCGGGUUUGAUUCCAUUGUCAAUUGGGGGUUUGUCUAAUCUUGAGGAAUUAAUGCUUAGUAAUAACAAUGUGACUGGUUCAAUUCCUGCUGUUUUAUCAAACUGUAGUAAUUUGGUUCAGUUACAGUUGGAUACUAAUCAGAUGUCUGGUCUGAUCCCACCACAACUCGGCUCACUUUCGAAGCUGACUGUGUUCUUUGCUUGGGCUAACCAGCUUGAAGGUAGCAUUCCUUCGAGUUUGGCUAGUUGUAGUAACCUCGAAUCUCUUGAUCUGUCUCAUAACUCUCUCACUGGUAGCAUUCCUCCAGGGUUGUUUCAGAUAAAAAAUCUCACUAAACUUCUGCUUCUUUCUAAUGAGAUAUCUGGUACCCUCCCUCCGGAGAUUGGUAAUUGCACCUCAUUAAUUAGGCUUCGACUUGGACAUAACCGGAUAGCUGGGGAAAUCCCUCGAGAAAUUGGGGGUCUUACAAUGUUAAACUUCCUUGAUUUCUCUAGUAACCACUUUUCUGGAGUUGUUCCUGAUGAGAUUGGGAGUUGUAGUGAGUUGCAAAUGCUAGACCUUAGCGGUAACAACUUGAGGGGUUCGCUACCUUCUACAUUGUCAUCCCUCUCUUCUCUCCAAGUAUUGGAUGUUUCAUCCAAUGGAUUUACGGGUGAAAUCCCAGCUAGUUUUGGCCGUCUUGUGUCACUGAAUAAGCUGGUUUUGAACAAAAAUAUGAUCACUGGAUUAAUUCCAUCAUCUUUAGGCCUAUGUUCGAGUCUUCAGUUGCUUGAUCUUGGCAGCAAUAAGCUUUAUGGAGAGAUUCCAAGUGAAUUGUGCGAUAUUGAGUCUCUUGGAAUCGCUCUCAAUCUGAGUAAAAACAUGCUUUCUGGUCCAAUCCCAUCUCAGCUAUCAUCAUUAAACAAGCUCUCAAUAUUAGACCUUUCACAUAACAAGCUCAGUGGAGUUUUAAGUCCACUUGUUGGGCUCGAUAACCUUGUUUCCCUUAAUAUUUCGUACAACAACUUCAGUGGUUUCCUCCCUGAUAACAAGCUCUUCCGGCAGCUUCCUUCAGAAUCUUUGGAGGGAAAUGAAGAGCUGUGUUCUGUUGGAAAAGACUCGUGCUUCUCGAGCCACCUCAAUGCAUCAGGUUCCAAGGAUGAUGUAAAAAAAGCUAGGAUUCUCAAAAUAUCCAUUGCUUUCCUUAUUAUCCUGACAAUUGCAAUGGUUAUAAUGGGGGUUGUCGCUAUGCUUCGAGCACGAAAAACUGUGAAAGAUGAGCAGGAUUCAGAGUUGGGUGAUUCAUGGCCUUGGCAUUUCACUCCUUUCCAGAAGCUUAAUUUCUCAGUUGAUCAAGUGCUUAAAUGUCUCGUGGAUUCAAAUAUCAUUGGUAAAGGUUGUUCAGGAAUGGUUUAUCGAGCUGAUAUGGCUAAUGGCGAGGUCAUUGCUGUAAAAAAGCUUUGGCCAACUGCAAGCCCUGCAUCAAAGGGUGAGGAGGAAAAGGGUGGUGUACGAGACUCAUUCUCUGCUGAGGUUAAGACCCUUGGGUCAAUUCGCCACAAGAACAUUGUCCGAUUCCUAGGGUGCUGUUGGAACCGAAAUACAAGGUUGCUUAUGUAUGAUUACAUGCCGAAUGGGAGCUUGGGGAGUCUCUUGCAUGAGAGUUCAGGAAAUGCCUUGGAAUGGGGCCUUAGGUACCGAAUCCUACUUGGUGGUGCUCAAGGUCUUGCGUAUUUACAUCAUGAUUGUACUCCACCGAUAUUUCAUCGAGACAUCAAGGCAAACAAUAUCCUCAUUGGCCUUGAGUUUGAGCCUUAUAUUGCAGAUUUUGGCUUAGCAAAACUUGUUGAUGAUGGCGAUUUCAAUCGUUCCUCCAACACAGUUGCUGGCUCUUACGGAUAUAUAGCUCCUGAAUAUGGUUUCAUGAUGAAAAUAACGGAGAAGAGUGAUGUGUAUAGCUACGGAGUAGUAAUGUUGGAAGUUCUAACAGGAAAGCAGCCCGUGGAUCCCACAAUCCCCGGAGGGAUGCACGUUGUAGAUUGGGUGAGGCAGAAGAGGGGAGGGAUUGAAGUCCUUGAUCCGAGCUUAUUGUCUAGACCUGAAACCGAGAUUGAAGAGAUGGUGCAAGCAUUAGGUAUCGCGUUACUAUGUGUAAACUCCUCACCGGAUGAGAGACCGACAAUGAAAGACGUGGCUGCAAUGCUCAAGGAGAUAAAGGAUGAAAAGGAAGAACAUGCUAAAGUUGAUAUGUUGCUUAAGGGAUCACCUACAACAAGAAAUGAUCAAGGAAAUAAGAGCCCUCGAACAAGCGAAUUAAGAGUCGGAACAUCAACAUCAAGGUUAACUGAUGUAGAAAACUUCUACCCAGAAAGCAAUAACACAAGCUUUUCUGCAUCCUCAUUGCUUUACUCAUCCUCUAGUCCUAGGUUGAGCAACUUGAGUUAAGUAAAAAAAGGUUAUACAUUCAACAUUUUCGACUAGAACUUGGUCAUUGUAUUUGUUAAUUAGCUACUUAGCUUAAUUACGUGUCUCGUUUAGUGGGUUAAUAAUUUUCAUUUAUUAAUUUUUCUUAAUCUUGUUCAUUUCCUGGGCCAUGCCAUAUUUUCUGUAUAAAGAAGAAAAAGUUGAUGUUAGUUUAAACCAAAGUGGAUUACAAUUUGUCUUCUACUUUCUUCUUGUUUCCAGAUUUUGAGGUGCAAUUGUUAGCUUUUAGUACAAAAUAUAGCGGGAAUGUAACACAACCAAC